AUCGUUUUCUCUCAAGUUGUAGAGUUCCCACCCUCGUCCCCUCCCAAGCAUGGCUGAAGACUCGAUGGAAAUAGAUGACUCUCUAUACAGUCGUCAGCGCUAUGUGUUGGGAGACAGUGCCAUGCAACAGAUGGCCCAGUCUGCAGUUUUUCUCAGUGGAUUGGGUGGGCCGGGAAUCGAGAUAGCAAAGAACAUUGUCCUAGCUGGGCUAAAGGCUGUGACACUCCAUGACACAAAGCAGUGUGAGACCUGGGAUCUCGGCUCCAACUUCUUUAUUCACAAAGAGGAUGUGUUGAGCCAGCGGAAAAGGGCAGAGGCAGUUUGCCCUCGAGUUGCAGAGUUGAAUCCCUAUGUCCAUGUUGACACUUCCAUUACAGCUUUGGAUGACAACACCGAUCUGAGCUUUCUCCGAAACUAUCAGUGUGUAAUUCUGACUGAAGCCAGACUGAGCCUUCAAAAGAGAGUCAAUGAUUUCUGCCACGCACAAUGCCCUCCCAUCAGGUUCAUCAGCUGUGACACAUAUGGCAUCAGUGUGCGGGUGUUCUGUGAUUUUGGAGAGGACUUUGAAGUUUUCGAUUCCACAGGGGAAGAACCUAAGGAAAUUUUCAUCCAAAGCAUCACCCGCGAUAAUCCUGGGGUGUUAACUUGCUUGGACAACCAACCUCAUUGCCUCCAGACUGGUCAGUGCAUCGUCUUUAGAGAAGUCAAUGGAAUGGAGGAACUCAACGGCACCUCAAGACAGGUUACAGUCCUUUCCCCGCACAGUUUUGCAAUAGGAGAUACAUCCCAACUACAAGAAUACACGCAUGGCGGUUUCUUUGUCCUUUUGAAAACCCCAAAGAUGUACACAUUUGAAACUCUCGAGAGACAGUUAUGGGAUCCUCAGGUGUUGACUCCAGACUUCAGUAAACCAGAGGCACCGCUACAGAUCCAUGCUGCCAUGUUGGCGCUAGACACCUUUCAAGAACAGGAAAAUAGACUUCCUAACAUAGGCUGUUUACAGGAUGCUCAGACGCUACUGAAAUUAACUGAGGAAGUGAAUGCAACACUCAGGAACAAAGCUCCUGUGAAUGCAGAGUUGGUGCAAUGGCUGGCAAGAACAGCGAGGGGAACUCUUCCUCCAUUAGCGGCUGCUGUAGGAGGCCUUGCGAGUCAAGAGGUCCUUAAAGCCAUCACAGGGAAGUUUGCACCUCUUCAGCAAUGGUUUUAUCUUGAUGUCAUUGAAUUAGUCAAGCCACUUCAGUCUCUGCCUGUUGAUGACUUUCUUCCUCGGGGAGACCGAUACGAUGGACUGCGAGUUUGUAUCGGUGAAUCGUUGUGUAGGGAGCUGCACAAGCUCAGGGUUUUCUUGGUUGGCUGCGGUGCCAUAGGCUGCGAAAUGCUGAAAAACUUUGCCUUGCUCGGAGUGGGAUUGGGUCAGAGUUCGGGAGAGGUGUAUAUUACGGAUCCAGACCUCAUAGAAAAGUCCAACCUGAAUAGACAGUUUCUUUUCAGACCACAUCAUAUCCAGAAACCAAAGAGUACAACAGCAGCAGAAGCCACUUUGAAUAUUAACCCAGAUCUACAGGUAGAUGCUCACCUCAACAAGGUGUGUCCUGCUACUGAGAGCAUCUACAGUGAUUCCUUUUACUCACGCCUGAACCUGGUGGUCACUGCACUGGACAAUGUAGAGGCCCGGAGAUACGUAGACAGUCGCUGCGUAUCCAAUCAGCGAGCACUCUUAGACUCUGGGACGAUGGGAACUAAAGGACAUACAGAAAUUAUUGUGCCAAAUUUGACAGAAUCCUACAAUAGCCAUAGGGACCCUCCAGAAGAGGAAAUCCCUUUCUGCACUCUAAAGUCAUUCCCUUCUGUCAUAGAGCACACCAUUCAGUGGGCCAGAGACAAGUUUGAGAAUGCAUUUGCCCUGAAGCCCUCCAUGUACAACAACUUCUGGCAGACCCAUAUAUCAGCGGAAUUUGUGCUGCAGAGGAUGCAGGCAGGUGAAAGUUUGGAGGGCUCAUUUGAAGUCAUCAAACUGCUCAACAGGCGGCCCCAUUGUUGGGAACAGUGUGUAACCUUGGCUAGGCUUAAAUUUGAAAAGUAUUUCAAGAGAAAGGCCCUGCAACUUCUUCAUGCUUUUCCAUUGGACACGAGGUUAAAAGAUGGAAGUUUAUUUUGGCAGUCUCCCAAAAGACCACCAGCUCCUAUCGAUUUUGACUUAAAAGACCCCCUGCACUUCACUUUUAUUGUGAGCACGGCCCGGCUCUUUGCUGACAUUUACAACAUUCCGUACUCAGAGAAGGAUCUAAGGGGAGACACUGUGGCUGAAAUCCUUUUGCACGUAAAGAUCCCGGAAUACCAGCCCUCCGUCAAAUGUAUCGAGACGGACGAGUCGGCAAAGAAGCCGGAUCAGUUGAAGAUGCCUCUAAGCAGUGAAGAGGAAAGAGCGGCCAUUGGGCAGCUAAAGCUUGCUAUUUCUGGCGAUUUUGUCAAAGCAGACAGGUUGCGAAUGUCGCCACUGGAGUUCGAGAAGGAUGACGACAGCAACGGCCACAUGGAUUUCGUCACGGCUGCGUCUUCCCUCAGAGCCAAGAUGUACUCCAUCGAGCCCGCAGACCGAUUCAAAACCAAACGCAUCGCUGGCAAGAUCAUCCCUGCCAUUGCUACGGCAACAGCAGCUGUGGCUGGACUGGUGGCUCUGGAGCUGAUCAAGAUAGUUGGAGGCUUUGGCUUUGAAUCUUUGAAAAAUUGCUUUUUCAACUUGGCCCUCCCUGUAAUUCUCUUCACUGAGCCGGCGGCUGUCAAACGGGCAUACAUCCGGGAGAAUAUUUACUUUUCCAUCUGGGACUGCUGGACUAUCAGUGGCCGUGAGGACUUUACCUUGUCUGACUUCAUGAAUGCAGUCAGGGAGAAGUAUGGAAUUGAACCCACGAUGGUCGUCCACGGUGUGAAAAUGCUCUAUGUGCCUGUGAUGCCAGGACACACAAAAAGACUUAAACUGACGAUGCUGAAGCUGAUCAAGCCAUCGGCGGGCCGUCAGUAUGUCGACCUCACUGUAUCGUUUGCGCCGGAGAGAGCUGAUGAAGAAGACCUCCCCGGUCCCCCCGUCCGGUACUUCUUUAGCCGCGCCGAACACGCGCCAUGA